CAGAAUCUUUGUUGUAGUGGUGCGGGGUGGCGAGAGAGAAAGAUCUUUCCCCUUGGUUUAAAGGGGCAGAGCAAAGGGGAUACAAAAUCAGGAGAUGUGCCAAACCACCAGCAGUUUGUGACCUGAUACCCCGAGACUGCAAUGAGCUGCAUACUGCUCUCCCACCUCUAUAGUUCUGCCUGUCUGCAACUUAAUAACUGCUAAAUUCUUCCUUUAUUUAUUCUGCACUUAAUUAAUUUGGAAACCUGAAGGAUGUGAGAUUUUCUUCGAGACUAAGGACAUAGCAGUUAGUGUAACGCUAUUACAGAGCCAGCAAGCAGGUUUCAAUUCCCAGCCCUGUCUGUAAGGAGUUUGUGCUUUCUCCCAUAACUGGGUUUCCUGUUUUCUUCCCACAUUCUAAAGACAUGCUUUAGGGUGGGUGAGUUCUGGGCAUGCUAUGUUGGCACCAGAAACAUGGCAACGUGUGGGCUGCCCCCAGUACAAUCCUUGGAAUAUGUUAGUCGAUGACAGAAACGAAACAUUUUGUUAAUGUGUUUCAAUGAAAAAGUGGAUAUCUGUUUUCUAAUUUGGCCCUGCCAUGACUUGUCGAGAUUUAGACCAUUUUGGUGGCUCCUGAUCAGUCUGUACCCUUCAUAUUCACAAACUCACCUAAGACCCUGCUGCCCAGUGGAUUAUUUUCCAGAAGCUAGCAUAGAAUUGAUGGGCUGGAAGACCUCCCUCUGAGCUGUUAACGAUACUGUGACCCCAGGCUGAUUCUGCCUUAGUUUCAUGGCCCCUGGGCUAACAGGUUUGGGAGCCUGUAGAGUCAGUGCUCCAUGAUGGGGCAAUGCCAAAGCAGGUCUACGCUGGCACCAUCCAGCAUGACCUCACUUGUAAUUCUUUCCACAGCUGCCCGUGUCAGGGUGCCCAAUACACUCCUGAUGAUGAAGCGCCAAAGGAAGUGUAAAAACCAGAAGGUGGAGGAGUGUGGGAUUUGGUUAGACACAGAGGAACUGAAGAGAAAGAGACCGAAGGCCCAUUCCAUUUCAGAGCUUCUGAACCCCCUGUCCAAGAACAGAUACAACAUCGAAAUUUCUCUAAAUUUCACGCAGACAAGGGCACCCCAGCGGUGUGUCAAACAGACGACAGUCUCUUCCUUCUUCUUCCCAAAGUCCAAAGGUAACCCUAGGAGCACCGCACAUACCUCUAACCUACAAGCGGUGGACCAUUCCCUUGCUGCCUUACCAUUCCCCAGCACCAGUGAAGACAAAACUCUUAAAGAUCAACCUGAGGUGAUCAUUGAUGCAGAUCUGUGUGCAGGUGGCCUCGACUCUCACACUCAGACAGAUGGCAGGGAGAUGAGGCCAACCACAUUGACAGAGGUCUGCCAUAGCACAGUGGGGAACAUUUCCCCUCCCACCACCACGUGCAUCAAAUCUGCACUAGGCUCAGAUGAGCAGGCUUCUCAGGUGUUGCAUCGAACCCAGCUGCCCUGUUGUAAAGCUGAUGGUGUGACAAGUGAGUCACAGUCCAGUACUCCAGGGGAAGACACAGCAUCCGUCAAAGGCCCUAUUGACAGUAUCUGUCAUGGGUUUACUCAGGAUUCACAAGGCAGAAGAGUGAUUUCGCACAGGAGGUCAGCACCGUCCGCUGCUGUCAAUUCCAGGCUGGACCAGGGAGUCUGUCCUUGUGCCGAUUCUGAAACACUGUGCAGAGAAAGCUUUGGAUCUGAGAUGUCGGGCUGUCUCACCUCGACACAGUGCUCUGUAAGCAGAGCACGGGGCCUAUUGGAAAGGAAGGCAGUGCUUUUACCCAAACCAGACCGGGGCAACAGUUCAUUUCUAAACAACAAGGAAAAUAUCUUUGAACCUAUGUUGUCUUCUUUCACUGGAAAGAGGAAAGACCUGUAUCAGCCACUUCUGGAAAGGACCCUGAUGCCUUUCGGAAAUACCUCCCUCCUGCAAUGUCCAAGUGCACUGAAUGACAAACCGGUGGCUUUUAUGAAGUGUCGAGAGCUGCUCGGUGACCAGUGCGAGGUGUCAGAUUUGUUCAGCCAAGAUUCACAGGGGAACCGGGUAAUCUCCCACCGUUACAGGAAAAACAGGAUCCUUUCUGAGGGUCACAGUGGGGUCAGUAGUUCCCCACAUAUUCGAGUGUCUCGUUUGGACCAUGCUCUGUGUAAAUCACUCUCUGAGGAUGAUACUACAUUCUCUCCACUAUUCACACAAGAUUCUGAGGGCCAUGUGAUGAUUAAGCAUAGUUCACGAGCGAUGUAUUAAGUAAUUUGUUUUUGUGCCACCACUUUACUCCUU